AUGCAUAUCAAGGACAAGAUCGCUGCCUGCGAGAAGGCAGGCAAGCCUUGUUUCUCGUUUGAGUAUUAUGUUCCGAAGACUGCUCAGGGUGUCCAAAAUCUCUACGAUCGUAUGGAACGCAUGGGUUCCUUUGGUCCACAGUUCAUCGAUAUUACAUGGAACGCUGGUGGUCGUCUGAGCAAUCUCACCACUGAGAUGGUGAAUGUCGCUCAGACUGUAUAUGGACUUGAAACAUGCAUGCAUUUGACCUGCACUGGUAUGGAGAAGGAGAAAGUUGACAACGCCCUCCAGGAGGCCUAUAAUGGCGGCUGCACAAAUAUACUAGCUCUUCGAGGCGACCCACCCAGAGAGAACGAAAAGUGGUCUGCUGUUCCAGGAGGUUUCAGGUACGCUAAGGACCUGGUAAAGCAUAUCCGCGAGAAAUACGGCGACUAUUUUGAUAUCGGUGUCGCCGGAUAUCCCGAGGGGUGCGAUGAUGAAGUUGAUCCAGAUAUCCUACUGGAUCACUUAAAGGAGAAAAUCGACGCGGGUGGUACUUUCAUCAUCACUCAGAUGUUCUAUGAUGUCGACAUAUUCCUAGACUGGGUGAAUAAAGUCAGGGCAAAGGGAAUCACUGUUCCGAUUAUUCCAGGGAUCAUGCCAAUUCAUACAUAUGCCGCCUUCAUCCGAAGAGCGACUUGGACCAAGAUCCAUGUUCCAGAAAAGUGGUUGGAGGUCCUUGAGCCUGUCAAGAAUGACGAUGUUGCCGUCAGAGAUAUUGGAAGAGACCUUGUGGUUGAACUAUGCAAGAAGAUCCUUGCUGCAGGAAUCAACCAACUCCACUUCUAUACCAUGAACCUCGCUACAGCAACACGCAUGGUCCUCGAAGGGCUUGAACUCAUGCCCAGUCUUGAGGCACGAGAACUACCAGCGCUGCCCUUCAAAUCGUCUCUUGGGCUUGGUAGAAGAGAAGAAAAUGUUCGCCCCAUCUUCUGGAAGAACCGCCAUAAGUCUUAUGUCGCCCGUACACAGGAAUGGGAUGAGUUCCCCAACGGUAGAUGGGGUGAUUCGAGAUCUCCUGCCUUCGGCGAGCUCGAUACAUACGGUAUCGCACUGAAGGGAACUACAGAGCAGAACAUCAAGUUAUGGGGUCGUCCGGAAACCGUUGCAGAAAUUGCAGACCUCUUCGUCCGCUACAUCGACGGCAAAUUGGAAACUAUUCCAUGGUCUGAUAGCCCAAUCGAUGCCUCCGCUGAACCCAUUAAAGCUCAGCUUUCGGAGCUUAACAAGCGUGGCUUCCUUACCACAAACUCCCAGUGUGCUCUCAAUGCAGUGAAAUCUUCUCACCCAAUUCACGGAUGGGGUCCGAAGAAUGGAUAUGUCUACCAAAAAAUGUACGUUGAGCUUUUGGUAUCUCCAGAUGUCCUCAGCGAACUCAUCACGAGGAUCGAGAGAUCUUCUGACUUGACCUACUAUGCUGUUAACAAAGCCGGUGUUUUGCAUCACAAUGCUCCAGCUGGAGGAAGUCCAAAUGCCGUUACUUGGGGUGUCUUCCCAGGAAAAGAAAUCGUCCAACCUACAAUCGUCGAGUUGAUCAGCUUCCUCGCCUGGAAGGAUGAACUCUACCGCCUUGGAGAGGACUGGGCUGCCUGUUACCCGCAGAGUUCAGCGAGUCGACAUAUCAUCAGCUCCGUGAUGGAGAACUGGUUCCUUGUCAAUAUUGUUAAUAACAAUUUCCUGGAUAACGAUUCUAUCUUCGAGCUCUUCAAGGAUCUCAAGAUCGAUAAUCUCAACGAAAAGAUUCCAGUUGACGAAUACCUUCAGAAUUUGAAGAUUACUGAUGGUAUCAACGGAACAGCCCACGAAGCAACCAACGGCGCCCCGGCGGCCUAA